AAUACUCGUACCUGCGCCAAGCUGCUUCCGCCCUCCGCCUACUCCGGCCUCUCCACCACCAUCACGGGUAAAAACGCUUCGGAAGAUCAGCUGCGGGCUCUGCUUGCAACAGCAGCAGCAGCAGCAGCUGCAGCAGGAGGAAGCAGUGGUAACACGAGCGCUGCUGCAGGGGGGGUAGCGGCGGCAGGAGAGCGGUGGUUGGUGUAUGUGCCGAGGCACGGCCUGGGCAACUCUCUGCGCGGCUUUUCCUCUGCUCUGCUCUUCGCCUUGCUCUCUGGCCGCCGCUUCCUGCGCUGGCACGGGGGGCCGCACGGCCGGGUGCUAGAUCGUCUCUGCGACGCAUUUGGAUGUGCCACGGACCAGCUCAUCACCACGUCGCUCUCACUCCCCCUCCCGCUCCUCGAGGACCACGACCUCCUCCUGCACGGCCUCUCCGACCCCUCCCCCGUGCUCUCCGUCUUCACGGGUGCCUUCUUUGACAAGUUCUGGCGCAAGGACAAGCGCGUUUAUCGGUGCGUGCUGGCCGCGUUCCGCUGCGCCACCAUCUGGUGCGUGCACGCGCGGACGCUCGCGCUGCUGCUCCCCAACGGCCCGUCUCUUCGCCUGGAGCGAGAGCUGGAUAAGGGCCUCUGGUCGAUUCGGCCUCUGGUGCAGCAGCCGGAGGGAGGGGAGGGAGUGGGAGUGGGAGUGGGAGGAAGGGUGGGGAUGGGCGAGGAGGAGGAGCAUUGGGAGAUGGAGAAGGUGGCGCCAGGGCAGGCGGUGCGGAUGCAGUUUGACAUGGCCCUGCACGUGCGAGGGCGCCCCAGCAAGGUGGAGUUGCGCCAGCGACAGCAGCAGCACCAGCAGCAGGAGCACCAGCAGCAGCAGUGCAGGGAGGCGGAGGCGCCUGGAGGAGGAAUGGACAACACAGACGAGGUCCGGCCAGCCAUAGUCAAAUUCCUGCGCCCGUUCGGCCGAGUCUUCUUCUCCAACGCGCCUGCCAUCCAUCUGUCCAAGUCCCGGUCCCAGGGGAGUCACCUGAGCACGCUCGGGGACUUUCUGAUGCUUAGUAAAGCGUCGGUGGUGGUGAGCUUCACGCGCUACAUCAGCACGUUUGCCAUGUUUGCCGCUAUGCUGGGGAACGGCACGCUUGUGGCGCAGCCUGAGUCGGAGAGUAACUGCCGGUUUGUCGUGGAGCACUUGGCGCAGAUGCCCUCGUGA